GGGGAGCCUUGGCGAGUACCCCCAAGGCAGAUGGGUGCUUUGCGAAGAUGUGUUCACAUGGUUCCCACUUGGCCGACUGGGGCAGGAAAUCCGACCAACCCCACUUCACAGUGGGGGAGACCCUGAGGCUAGGAGGACAGCACAUGGGGUGCAGAGGCAGGAGUGGAACGAAGGACCCCCCCCCCCCAAUCCUGUCCUGGCCUCAUGUAGCCUAGGCAGGCCUCUGGCGGGGGUCCAGCCCCUCCCAACAGACUCGGGAAGCCACGGUGGGCGGGGCGGAGCCGUGGGUGUCCCUGGCGCCCCAAGGUGCCAAUUAAAUACUCGUGGCUGUCUGGAGCCAGAGCUGUGGACGGCGGCAUGGCCGAGCUGGGGCCAGAGCCGGGACGCGCGUGGAGGGUGCUAGCCCUGUGUGGGGCUGCGGUGUUCCUGGCAGCGGCAGCAGCUGGGGCAGCCCUGCUGGCCUGGAACCUGGCCUCCUCGACCUCCCGGGGACCUCGCUGCCCAGAGCCAGGGGCCAAUGCCACGGCACCCCCCGAGGACCUGGCGCCUGAGCUCGAAGAACUGCGGCGACGGCUGGCAGAGGCUACCCAGCACAAGGAGGCUCUGGCCAGACAGCUGGACCAGGCCAACCGAGUCGGACGGGAGCUGGAGGAGGCACUAAGGGCCUGUCAGGGCCGUCAGAGCCGGCUUCAAACCCAACUGAUGACCCUGAAGACUGAGAUUGAAGAGGCCAAGGCACAGGGGACCCAGAUGGGGGCUGAGAACGGGGCACUCACAGAAGCCCUGGCACGCUGGGAGGCGGCAGCCAUGGAGUCUGCGCGGAGGCUGGACGAGGCACAGCAACGCGCACGCGCGGCCGAGGCCGAAGCCGAAGCUUGCGCAGCCCGGGAAGCGACGCUGCGCGAACGCGCGAAAGCCCUGGAAGCCGAGUUGGGCCCCCAGCGCAAAGUGCCGCAACCCCGAUCCCGCUCCGUGUCACGACCCCGACCCAGCCCCCGUUCGCGCUCUCGCCCAGGACCCUCUGGGGGCUGCCGGAGGCCAGCGCGGCGCGCACGAGGGUGAGUCGGCCCCCAGCAGAAGGAGGGCUCUGAGGCCAGGAGGGCGCACACUGUGGCUGGAACAUGUAGAGAGGUGCCCCCGCUGGAUAAGAUGCCCCGUCGACACCCAUCAACGCUCAGCUUUAGAUUCAGGAACCACUCUGAACGGAACUACAGAAAGGAGACUCCACCCUCUCUCUCCAACCAUCUAGUGUUUAUUUUACAGGCGGGGAACUGAGGCCCAUUUGCUAACACAAUGAGAUAAGUGUUUUGGGACUUAAGCCCCUUCUAACGACAGCAUUGAUUCAUCCCACAGACAUGAAGACUUAGGGUCCAGCCCUGGCUCAAGAGUGACCUGGAAGGGUCACGUCUCCCUUGUGGGCCUCAGUUUACCUUGUCUGUAAAUUGAGUGUUUGGAAUCAUGUGUAGCAAGCCAGCCUAUCUUUGACAACAAAAACUGACCAAGAUGGCAUGACGGGAAAACAACAGAGUCCUCUUCCUAUGAGGAGGGUACGAAAUUCCCAAAUGAAAUUUUAGCAAAAAGAAUUAAGCAACACAUUUUUAAAAUACAUCACAACAAAGGGGACUUAGGUCUGAGAUGCAGGGAUGGCUCAAAAUUCACAAGUCUGCUAAUAAAAUUCACCACACUAAUGGAUCAAUAAGAAAAGUUCUGAAAAGGCCAUCAAAAUGAGGGCCAAGGUGCGGAUGACCACUGUCAAGUAUUUAAUAUUGUUCUGGAGGUACUAACCUAUGCACUUAGACAAGGAAAAGAAAGAAGAGGUAUGAAUAUUAGGAAAGCAGUAGGGAAUUUAUAGUUUGGAUCAUAUGUAAGCAUUGUUUAUGUAGGUCAAAAAUAAUAGAAAUCCCAACAAUUUCAUAUGGCUCAAUUUCACAUUGAUUUUAUCUUUUAACUUAUAUUUGACAUAACUUCAGAUUUACAGAAAAGUUGGAAGAUUAGUACAAAGAAUUCCUGGAUACUCUUCCCCCAGAGUCCACAAAUGUUACCUCCUUUGCUUUAUUCUUUCUCUCUCUCUUUCUCUGAACCUUUUAUGAAAAACUUGCUGAAAUGAUGUCUUGUUACCCAUAACACGUGAGUAUGCAUUUCCUAAAAACAAGGGCAUUCUCCUACAUAAUCACAGUACAAUCAUGAACAUCGGAAAGUGGACAUUGAUUGAUAAAACACUAUUAUCUCAUCUACAG